AUGCCUCGCAAAAACUACCAUUACUGGGAUGACAAAUUCAAAUAUAAGAUAAAGGAACUUGGAAGGAACUUUAUAAUCGAAGAUUACAGAUGUUUAUUGUGCGAGCAAGGUAAUUUUAUGGAUAACACAAACCACGAAAUUGAAUUAGACGGUGGCAAUUACGAAAUAAUAAUUAGACACAUAAAUAGUGAAGCACAUCAAUAUUUUAAGAAAAAAUUAGAGAGUGUCGAAGAAGUACAAAAAAUAAAUGUAAUUGUUACCAACGCCAAUUUGACAUUGGAAAAUAAUAAUUUACACCGUUUGCUGCGCCAUUUAAAAAGAGAUUUGCUGUCAACUUUUCCAAAUAUAAAAGUUUACCCUUUCGGAUCCAGGAUUUCCGGACUGGCUUUACCCAAUAGCGAUGUAGACAUAUUUCUGGAUUGUGGCAGAAUCUCGUACUCACGGGCCCAAGAGAUACUCGAAUUAAUUGAAAAGAAUCUACAGGCUCUAAAAAAGAUUUGGAUAAUUAAGGAAGCAGUUUUAAACUGCAGGACACCUGUUAUAAAAUUACUGUAUAUUCCUUUAAAACUGAAUUGUGAUAUAGUGGUUACAAAUGGUCUAGGAGUACAGAAAACAAAAAUGAUUAGAUGUUUCGUUGAGGCUUUUCCGAUGUGUCGAAAAUUAAUUUUAUAUGUGAAACGAUGAUUACAAACUUCUAAUCAAGCAGGACGGAAUUUUAUAACGAGUUAUGCUGCCGCCUGGCUCGUCAUUUAUUAUCUGCAACGUCUGGAAAUAUUUCCCAGUGUAUCACACUUAAUUGAAUUGAGAAAUAAAUCAUGGCGAAUCAAUGGUUGGGAAGUUGGUGUAACCUACGAUUUUCCUGUCGGACAAACAAACCUCUCUUUUAAUGAAUUAUUAUUUGGUUUUUUUAAAUACUACUCGGACUUUGAUUAUGGUUAUUAUGUAAUCUGCCCAUUAUUGGGUAGAGGGUUAGAGAAAAGUACGUUUUGGAGUCAUAUUAAUAUGAAAGAAUUAACACCUUACAUUGAUUAUAUAAAACGUCGCAUAGAUCGACAUACACAACAAGCACUAAAACGUUUUUGUACAACAGCACUAAGUCUACAGGAUCCGUUUGAUUUAUCGCACAAUAUAACACGGGCAAUGGAUUCAAGCAAAUUGAAAUAUUUUCGAAAAGCGUGUAUCUACACAACAAGAUUUUUGAAGAAAACUCUAACUGGCAUUUCUUCUAAAACUAUCGAAAAAUAUAAUACAAAUUGGCACCUAUACGAUGAUUCAGAUUAA